AUGGACUGUACUCCAGAUCAGAAGGACGUCCGUGGAAAGAAGGAAAUCGAAUUCCUUGAGUUGAGGCAGGGGAAUAAGUCGGUUGUGGAGUAUGCUGCUAAGUUUGGUGAGUUGGCUAAGUUCUACCAACAUUAUGAUGGACCAACUGGUGAAUUUUCGAAGUGCAUCAAGUUUGAGAAUGGAUUGCACCCAGAAAGUAAGAAGGUGAUUAGUUACCAUAAGAUUCAUGUCUUUGCUGAUUUGGUUGAUAGUUGUCAGAUUUAUGAGGAAGACAACAAUGCUCAUUAUCAGGUUAUUAGUGAGAAGCGAGGCAAGAGUCAACAAGGUCGUGGCAAGCCUUAUGAUGGUCCAGCUGGUAAGGGGAAGCAAAAAGCUACUGAGGGAAAUAGAACUAGUGGGGGAAAUUCUCCUGCUGGUAUUGUGUGCUUCAAGUGUGGCAAGGCUGGUCACAAGAGCAUUGUGUGUACUGCUGGUACUAAGAGAUGUUUUUGUUGUGGUAAGAUUGGACAUGAAGUGCCUGAAUGCAAGCAUAAGGAGAUGGUCUGUUUCAACUGUGGUGAAGAGGGACAUAAUGGAAGCAAGUGUCAGGAGCCCAAGAAGGAGCAAGCUAGUGGAAAGGUGUUUGCCUUGUCGGGAACUCAGACCCCUGGUGAGGAUGCAUUCAUCAUAGAGAUGGUUGUCGAUACUCCGACUAAGGAAUUGGUGACUACUUCUCUUGUGUGUUUAAAGCGUCUCAUAUCGAUUUUCGAUAGAGACUUUGUUGUUGAUUUUAUUUGCUUGCCAUUGAGAGGUUUGGAUGUAAUCUUAGGUAUGAAUUGGUUAGAGUAUAACCAUGUUCAUAUUAAUUGUUAUGACAAGUCUGUGAGGUUUUCUACUCCUGAAGAGGAAGGUGUUGAGUUGUUGUCGGCUAGACAGUUGCGCAUGUUGAUGAAAUAA